AUGGCAGUCUGCUCCAUCAACGCCUCAGCUACAAUUCUUCCCCUCCUCAUAACAGCGAGCUUAACGAUAUGCCAUUUAACCAGUCCGGUCUCAGCUAGCAACCGUCUGAAUCCUGGAGAGCGUCUUCAUACGUUCUAUUCCCUCACAUAUCAAGGUCGAUAUAAAUUGGAAAUGAACAAAUUUUGUGACCUCGUCUUUACAGAUAUGUCGCAAAAUAAAGAGAUAUGGGCGUCGGGGACGCGGGGAAAGGGUUUUUUCUGCACCCUAAAAAUGCAAAGUGAUGGAAAUCUAGUCAUGUACAAAGGCAUGGGCACAGUUGUCUGGGCCAGUAACACCAAUCUGCAGAGCUCGAAUAAUAGGUUUUUUCUUGAAGUCACAGAGAACGUCGCCAUCCGCGACAAUAAAAAUGUUAUUAUUUGGUUUAAUGGCAUCAAUUUUGCCCACUGA